AUGUCCACGCCAAUUGUAAAUGUAAAGGGGGCGGACGGUGGCAAUUAUCAAUUAAGAGUGCUGUUAGAUAGCGCGAGUGAAGUAAAUUUUGUAACUUUGGCAGCAUGUAAGAAAUUGGGAGUCAAACUAGACGACGUUCAUCAAAAUAUAAAUGGUUUGAAUAAUGUGAAGUGCAUCAUAAGACAUAGCUGUCAAUUGCAAGUAAAGUCACGCGUAUCGGAAUUCGAAUUAAAUUUGCAAUGUUUGGUAGUUCCGAGAAUAGCAGGGGCAUUACCGCCCUUUACCAUUGAGAUCUCAAAAUUGGCAAUUCCGGGGAAUUUAAAAUUGGCAGACCCAAUUUUUUACAAUCCUGGUAGAAUCGACGCGCUAAUCGGCAGUGAGUUCUUUCUGCAAUUAUUGCAGGCCGGGAGGAUCGAGCUCGGCGAAGGUUUGCCGACGCUGCAAAAUAGUAAGCUCGGCUGGGUGAUAGCGGGUUCGAUUCCGAGUCAUUUAAUCGCGAGUCGAUCGACCAACCGUCCAUAUUCGAAUGCUCAUACAUGUUUAUUUGUAAGACAAGAUUCUAUUUACAACGAAUUAGCAAGGUUUUGGGAAUUGGAGAAAUAUGAAAUGAAGGACAAUACAAGAUUGUCAACAGAGGAUCAGACAUGCGAAGACUACUUUGUAAAUACGGUAACGCGAAACAUUUCGGGACGGUUUGUCGUUCGACUGCCUUUCCGAGGAAACAAGGCACAGUUGGGCGAAUCUCGACAAAUAGCAGAAAAACGGCUAAACUAUUUAGAACGGAAAUUUCAGCGCGACCCUGAAUUCCACGCGCGGUAUUCGGAAUUUAUGCGGGAAUACAUUCGUCUAAACCACAUGUCGCAAGUCGACAAAGAUGACGAUACGAAAUUUGCGGUGUAUUUACCUCAUCAUGGUGUCAUUCGGGAGUCAAGCACCACCACCAAAUUACGCGUGGUAUUCGACGGGUCCGCGAAAACUGCAUCGGGAGUUAGUUUAAAUGAUACAUUGAUGGUGGGAGCAGCGUGCGCACCAUUUUUAGCUAUACGCUGCGUCAGACAAUUAGCGAUCGAUUCGAGCAGUCAAUUCGGCGAGGCAGCAAGAGUCUUGCUGAAUGAUUUGUAUGUCGAUGAUAUCUUGACUGAUGUCAGUUGUGAAUUUGAAGCAACCAGGUUAAUUUCGCAGUUAAAGACACUGUUGAACGGCAGCGGUUUCGAACUUCACAAGUGGUAUUCGAAUUGUGAUGAAGUCAUGAAUGAAUUGAGGCCGACCGACCGGGUCCGGGAAUCGUCAUCAAUCGCGAUCAACGUAGACGCAGUAAAAACCUUAGGAUUAAAUUGGCACUACAGGCGGGAUAUCUUCCAGUUCACUAUUCAACCAAUUAGCGAUUCCAUUAAAACGAAACGUCAAGUAUUGUCAACUAUUUCACAAUUGUUCGAUCCUUUAGGAUUAAUAAGCCCUAUAUUAAUUCGCGCAAAACUGAUUAUGCAGGGAACGUGGUCCGCGAAUUUGAAGUGGGAUGAUCCACUGACCGGCAAACUUCAGAGGGCGUGGAGGGAGUACGUGAAUGAUUUGAGGGAGAUACAUUCGAUUAAGAUCCCGCGUCGAAUAGUUCCGGGCUCCGCAACUCGUUUGAAUAUGCAUGCAUUUUGUGACGCGUCAAUGAAAGCAUAUGGUGCAUGCAUCUAUUUGCAGACUAUUGACAGUAACGGCCAUUGCAGUUCCAGAUUGGUUUGUUCAAAGUCGCGUGUGGCUCCUGUUAGAAGUAAAACCGUCACACUGCCAAAGCUGGAGUUAUGUGGAGCUGUAGUUUUGGUCCGCUUAAUUAAAAAUGUAAAGAAAGCCCUUGGAGUUGAAUUGGACAAUAUCUAUGCGUGGAGUGAUUCCACGAUAACGUUAGCGUGGAUUUCCGGCGAUCCGUCACGGCAAAAGGUAUUUGUAUCGAAUCGAGUGGCCGAGAUCCAAUCCUUGCUGAUCAUUGGCGUCAUGUUAAAAGCGCUGACAAUCCGGCCGACUUGA